AUGCGUUUCUCUGGAAUACUUAUAUCACUCAAUUUGUUGUGUCUCUCCAUUGGAUUUCCCUUGGAGCAGGGAAAUGAUUGCGAGCUUUUGGAGCAUGUUGAUACCGACGAUUCGUGGUCAAAUAUAUUUCAUAAUGUAAGGAGAUCUCUGGAAGAGGCCAUCAAACGGGCAUCAAAUAUGGAAAAGUGCACCUCCCAAGUCGAAUUUCUUCAGAGCUGUUUAGAUCGCGCCAAUAAGCUGAAUUCCCCAAAAGAACAAAUGCAGUACGUUAUGGAAUUCAUUGACUACCAAGAAAUGCAUUCCAAAAACGAACCAACACGCACAAAUACUUAUUUUGGAAAAAGUAUGAUACAUUUAUUCAAGAAAACUGUGGAUAAACUUACACAGCUGAGCAGAAAACUUAUUAAAGUGUCGGAAAAAAUUGAUCAGAGACUUGGCAAAACAAUUGACAAAAGUAAGAAAUUGCUUUUUGGCCAAGAAACAUGA